AUGCGGGUUGGUAGACUUGCCAAUGUGCUCCUCGCAGGGGCUUCGAUUUGCACCCCACUGUUUCUGGCGGGGUGCGAUGAGGCAAGCAGCGGCGACGUCGACACCACUUUUUUGGCCACGACAGCUUCGACCACCUUUGUAGAUGGCAUCGACAGCACGAGCACCACGGGAGAGGUUGUGACGCCCGAGUCCACCACGCCCGGUAGCACGAGCACCACGAGCACACCGAGAACGCCACCCACCCCACGCACACUAGCAGGCGAUGCGCAGUUUCUGUUGCAUGCAUCCUUCGGACCCACGCGGGCUAGCCUCGACGCGCUCCAGUCCAAGGACUAUGAAUCUUGGAUCAGAGAGCAGAUGGCCUUGACACCCUCCCUCCUUCGGAGCCGAUACCGGAAGCGAGCGAACCCGGCUACAACGGAAGAGAAGCAACCGGGGGUGCCCCGCACGCCCUGCGAGCCAGGUUCGCGAUGGCAACAGGUCGCGCUGAGCCACGAUGACAUCGGCAAGGCCAUCGUCGCCACUGGCAGUCAGAUUUACGUUGCUGGCAAGUUCCGGACGGAUUUGGACCCCAGCUACGAGUUGAAUGGCCUGAGCGCGCCACAGUCCUGCAGCUCGGUUGCGAAGUCGAACUGGGUCAACUCGGGGAAGAGCUGCAGCACAGAGGCCAAUCGAAAGCACGCCAACACAAGCCUGGAAAGAAGUGGUUCCAGCCAACAAAUGCUGCAGGUGAACAAAUGGAGGUGCCGGAAUUCGGUCACCUGGGUCGCUGAACUCCUCUGCCAGCAGGUGUGGGAAGGUUUGGUGAGAUUGUUGCCGUCUUUUUUGCCUCCAGUGCUUCUUGAGGAGUGCUUCGAUGCCGGCUUUGGCUAUGACGGGGAUGACUGCUCGCAGGGCUGGCCCUCGCUGAACUUCGAGGGCUAUGCCGCGAAGCAUCACAGUGCAGCGGUGCAGGAUCUUGAAACAUGUAGCGUAAGAUUUGCUAAGGUAUGCUCCGUGGAGCCAGCAGCGACCGUUGGCAGCCAGCUGAUUGUUUCCACGUCCUCCCAGUGCGGCAGCGGCACCACAGUAAUGCCGAACCCGGGGAUCCACGUGAGCGGCCUGUCCCAGACAUCCGCUGCAUUCUCUUCCGUGCGCCCCGGUGUCAUCGUCCUGAACCAGACGCCGGCUCCUUGUGACUUUGGUGAUUUCAUCAAGGUCAACAACUUGGCCUACCGCUAUGACUCCCGCCUGAAGUUGCUGGAUGUCCAGGCUGCGUCACAGGAGACCUGCGUGGCUGUGCCCAAGACGGCGUUCAAUGCGGAGCAGUGUGCAGUUCAGGCUGGCCGCGUAUGCAGCGUGGUGCAAGCGACCUCGGCAACCCUCGUUUUGAACAGCAGCACCUUGGAGCUAAUCUCCGAACGGUCAGGCAGCUACGUGUACACGGUCUCCGGGCUACGUACCUCCACUGCCCCCUGUGGAACGCUAUCCCGAUGGAAGUUGCUGGACUGCACCGCGGUGGACUGCACGGAAAGUUCCUUCGGCACCAGUGACAGACAGCUUCUCGUGGAUGCGUUGGGGCAGCAACAAGGCGAAUACCGAGACAUUUUCGUGAGUUGUUCCAACGUCGCGGCCAACUCGGUGAUCUCUCUGGGAGGGAUCGUUUUCCAGCACGUCUACUUACAUGAAGGAAAGGUCUACGACUUCUCAGCUUGGGUGACGCAGCAUCCGGGCGGAGCCAGUGCGAUCACCAAGUGGGCAAACACAGGCUACGAGCUCGUGUACCCAGCGAGCCAUGACAUGUCGCGUUUUGAAACGGCGCUGGCCGACAAGAACCUUCAGUAUGUGGGCCCGCUCGGUGAGGAGAUCCGCUACCUGAGCCUUCCAACAUCUCUGCAGUCGGAGUCUUUGGCGCUGGCCCUCGCACCUCCGACCUCUUCGGAAGACCUCUCCCUUGCAUGCCCUUCCCCUGGUGAAGCGGCCAACCAGCCUUCCCUCGGCAACAACAUGCCCUUCUUCAUGUUCUUCCCAAGCUUCAGCGAGGCGGAAGUCGACCUGGACCUUGACCAUCCGAGCAAGGAGUUUGGUUGGUCGCGGUUCGCCCGCACAAACGCCUGGAUCAAUCAGGCCAUGGAAGCUCCCGACCAGCUGCGGCAACGCGUCGCCUGGGCCUUGUCGCAGAUCUUGGUGACAGGAACGGGCGGCUUCACUUACUUCUAUCAAUUCGAGACCUGGGUCAACUAUUAUGACAUCUUGGUGCGGGGGGCCUUCGGAAACUACCUGGAUCUGCUCCGGGAGGUCACGCUGAGUCCCCUCAUGGGAGAGUAUCUCUCCUUCUUCAAGAACUCGGCCUUUGACCAUGACCAGAAUUAUCCAGAUGAGAAUUACGCGCGGGAAGUAAUGCAGCUGUUUACGGUGGGCACGGUGCAGCUCAACCCGGAUGGCUCUGAAGUUCUCAUCGGAGGCAAUCCUGUUCCGACCUAUGACAACGAGGACAUCAUGACCUUUGCCAGUGUUCUAACCGGUUUUGACCGGCAGCUCAUGCGGAGCAACCUGGAAGUGGUCAAGGGCAGUGGAACCGGAAGGAAUCUCAUUGACCCGAUGCAAAUGAAGCCGGAGUGGCAUGAUGCCUACCCCAAGAUGGAUCUGGACGACAACUACCUGGGUGAUGGGUAUCCGCUGUGCGAGGAUUUGCCAAAGGGCGCCUUUCUUCUGAAAGGUGCACGCUUCGAAUUUCUCAGCAGCCAGUAUAGCUCCAACGACGUCUUGACUGUCCAUUCCUCCUCAGCCUUGUUCCAGGCUCUGUGUUCUGCUAGUGGCAGUGGAGGCUGCAGCUUCCAGGCGGUCGUUGUGUUGUCACAGGACCUUUCCUGUCAUGCAGACGAGUGCGACGCGACCAUUCCUUCUGUUCUCAAGGUUGGUUCGGCGUACUAUGAGUUCGUGCCACCGGCAUGCGUGCAUCUGUAUUUCUACAACGGCAAGAUCGCUACAGAUGGGGGCGGCAGCCGGAACUGGCAGAGCAAAAUGCAGUGCACAAACCCAGCUGCAUUUGCUGGGGGAAGCUACUGCUGCGACGGGUGCUCAAACAACCGUCCGCCGAGUUGGGUACCAGACAACUUUUGUGAGAAUCGCUCAAGCUCCAGUUUCACGAGCAGGUGCAGCAAUACCGACAAUUGGGUCAACAACAAGUACUGUGAGCUGCGCUGCUUUGAGGAGGGCUUGGGCUACGGAAGGGACUGCGCAGUUGGAGCGUACCGGGAGGCUCACGCCUGCGGGGUUUAUCAAGAGAAAGUACCGUAUGCUACAGCCGUCAAGUACUGCAGCAGCCUGGGGAUGCAGAUUUGCGACAGGCAGACUGACUUGACCACCUGUGGAUACAACGACGAUGGUGCGCGGGUUUGGACACAGACGAACUGCAGCAUCAACGUGUCUGUGGAUGAAACCGGCAAAGUCAGCUCCCAGAAGGACUUCCUUGCGGCUCCGUCUGUCCGUUUGUGGGUCGGUCGGCAGACAGCAGGGAGCAAGCGAGCAGCGGACGGAGGAGUUUUCAGCAGAGGCUUCUGGGAAGGGGCCUGCAAGUAUUUACCUGCAGGGCUUGGACGUGGAAGCGCAGAAAUGGAUGGAACAGGGCAGGCAGCAAAUGGUGCUGCCCAGGCAGCGGCAGCGCAGGCGGCUGGGCAAGCCGCACAGCAAGGAGCGCCCGGAUCGCCCACGAUGAUUCCUGUGGACCAAGUGGACAGGUUGGUGAGGCAGCGCCUGGAGCAGGCGUUCAAUGGUGUUUUUGGGAGGCUGCUGUCAACGACGGAGAGUGCGGCAGCAGCGGCGCAGGCAACAGCAACUGCAACCAGGGCAGACAACAUGAUGAAGGGGCUGAAGGUCGAUGUCUUCAAGCCCCAAACCAGAGAAGAAGAGCUUCGAGGCUGGAAGGAUUGGUGGUUCCAGUUUUCGACUUGUGUGUGCGGGCACGACCCCGCAUUCGAAGAUGACUUCAAGGGGAUAGAUCCCGAGACGGAGGUGGACCACAGCCUCCUUAGCGACUUGGAGGUGGAGAGGAGCAGGAAGCUCUUUAGCUUGCUGUGUUCGCUGGUGAAAGGCCGGCCGCUCCUUUUGAUAAAGAACCUGGAGGGCAGCAAGAAUGGGCUUGAAGCGGUGCGCGUCCUGAGGAACGCCAUGGAGCCGAAAGAGAAGGCGCGCAGCCUGGCUUUGCUGAGGCAGCUGGCCGGGUGGACUUUCCAGCCCGGCACGGGGCUGCACGAGCAGAUUGUGAAGUACGAGGAGGCCCUCCGGAUGUAUGAGGACGCUGCGGGGAAGGAGUUCCCGGCUGAGCUGGUUCUGGCCACCAUAGUGAAUGGCAUGAGGGACCCUCUGAAAAGCCAGAUCCAGCUACGCAUGACCAGCAGAACUACCUACGAGGAGGUCAGGGAGUGGAUCCUUCAAUACGAAAAUAUGAAUGCUCCCUGGACCUCUUCCUUGCAGCCGGGCCGUGGAGCAAGGAAGGACGAGCCGCAGCCCAUGGACGUCGAUGUCGUGACGGGCAAAGGAAAGGACAAAGGCAAGAAGGGCAAAGGCAAGGACCAGAAGGGCAAAGGCAAAGACAAGGGCAAGCAGAAGGGCAAGAUCGGAGACGGCAAGGGCUGGAACAACUGGGUGGAGCACGGCGGUUGGAGAAGCAACAAUGGUGGCUGGAAAGGCGGCGCUGGCACUUGGAAUGCUGGCGGUUGGUCUGGCAACAGCUGGGGCAAGAACGCCUGGGCCGCAGGGGGAAAAGAUGGAAAAGGCAAGCAGGGAAAAGGAAAAGGAGGUGGAUGCAACAUCUGCGGCGACCCCCGGCACUGGAAGAACGAGUGCCCGAAGGGGAAAGGAAAAGGCGUGAACCAGUUGGAGCAGCGGCCGCCAUCGCAAGCCAGCUCGGGAAGCUCGAGCGCGGGCACCUCCACUACGGCGAGCACGGUGCCCUCUUCGGCGUCAGCCAUGCGAGGCAACGGCGGGUACGGCAUCAACAUGGUGGCAGCCUACUCGUGCACGACGCCUCCCGGCUGCCGCUUCACAGAAGUGUUUGAUAUUUCCGAGCUUGAUGAUGAGGGGGAGUUCUCGCUUGAGGGUUCCGGUGUGCUUGUGUUGUCGGCCGUGGGGAUCAGGGAGAAUGCCUCCAGCAACCACGCACACAACGACGUGGCCCUUGAGUUCCUCUUUGGCAACCAGGCACACAACAACGAUGCCCUUGAGUUCCCCUUUGGUGUCCAGACGUCGGCCGGCCAGGUGCUACUGCUAGAGUACCCCCAGGGUGUCCAGGUCUUUCCCAUGGAUGUGACGGACGGUGAUGGUCAGUACACGCUGGCUAGCUAUGAGGCAGCACCGGUGGCAACAGUGUGUGCAGUCAGCUGCCAUGGGCCAGCAGAGGUCGACGUCGUGAUUGACAGUGGGGCCGACAUCAGUGUUGCGCCCGCCUCUCUGCGGAAGUUUGGCUGCCCUACUAGAAAGUCGGGGGUGGUCAUGCAGGAUGCCCAGGGCAAUGAGAUCAAGGAGCUCGACACCAGGAUCCUGGAGGUGGCCGUUGCAACUCUGAACGGUGAGUCGGUCACCAUCCGGGAGCGGUUUUCAAUUGCCCGGGUCAAGUCGGUGAUCAUUUCCCUGGGCCGCCUUCUUCGUGCAGGGUGGCUUCUUGGAGACUGCAGGGGAGCACCCAUGAUCCACAAGGACGGCCACCAAGUCCCAAUACGCUUGAGAAGGAACACUUUGACCGUUGGAGCAAUGAUUUCCGAGAUCGCCGUUCCGAGUGGGGAAGGGGACCACAGCCAGAGGCGGGGCAUCAACAUGAUGACUUUCGAUGACAUGGGCCCGUUGCCGCCGGAGCUGGAGGAUGUGGUUCAGACUCCCGGGUGGCACAUUGUACCCAGUGGGCUUCCAGUUCUUAUCUGCCACGCCACGGAAGAGCUUGAGCUUGAAAGGUCCCUUUGGGAUGUGUCCGACUGGUCCUGGGUGGCUGUGUUUGUCAAGGUCGAGGGCAGCAAGGGCCUUCCCAAGGCCGGUGACCUAUGGGUUCAGGUGCUAGCAAUGGAGACGGUGAAGUUCGAGGAAGCGCCCAAGAACUUGAAGGACUUCGAUGAGGACCUGGCCGGCCGCCAUGAUGUAGUGAUGGUCCUCCAUGUGGACGAGUUGCCGAAGAACCUCCUCACCCAGCCUUUAGACUACUUCAAGGAGCCUGCCGGCGGAGAGGUGGUGAUGGCCGGGCAAGCUGAAGGAGGCGUCGGUGACAUUCCCCUGGAGUUCGUCGGUGAGGGCCAGGUCCAUGAGAGCGAGGAGCCGGACAACGUGGAGGAAUUGGAGGGCGUGCGCCUUGAGCAAGAAACCCCUUUGAAGGACUUGCGGGAGCUUUGUGCCAAGCUUGGUUUGGCAAAGUCCGGGGGCAAAGCAAAGAUUCUGAGGCGACUCCGGGACCACCAUGAGAUCCUGGAAAAGCAGCUUAGCACCGAGGUUGCGAAGAAGAUGUUCCAAGAAAACGAGCGGGUGGCUGACGUGCCGAAGCUGCCCCGGCUGCCGAGCGCAGCCCAGCAAGCGUUGCACAAUGCAACGCACCACCCCUUUGCUGCUUGGUGUGAGGCGUGCGUGCUGGGCCGGGCACACCAGUCGCCCCAUCCAAAGGCGAAGCCUGACCAGCCGGUCGAGGAAGCGAGGAAGAUCCCCAAGAUCGAGAUCGACUACGCCAUCACCUUCACCAAGCACCGCCAUGAGAUCCAAGAGGGCGAAAACAGAGGUGACGCGGACGAUGGUGCUGAGGCGGCAGUUCAAGGUGAAGCUGCUGGGGAGAAGGCGGAGGAAGGAGAAGCCGAGGCGGUGGACUACCGAGACCAAUAUGGACUCACCUUGGUGGCGGCGGAGGACACCACGGGCUGGCUGCUUGCGGUGCCGGUCCUGGAGAAAGGGGCUGGAGCUCUGAAACGAGUGGUGGAGCAGCUGGUUCGACUUUCGCUGCGUGUUGCUCCUGGCCAGGCUGUGCUCUUCCAGGGCGACCCCGAGCCAGCCAUUCGGCAGAUCAUCAAUGCCUGUGAGGCCUGCCGCUCGAAGCUGGGCCUGGCAACAGAAAAGCGCUGGGUUCCACGAGGAAGCCAUGAGAGCAACGGGCAGGUCGAGAAGGCGGUCCAGACUGUCCGGACGAAUGGCCGCACCUUGCGGGCUUUUGUGGAAAAUCGUGUCGGGGCCGCCAUUGAGGGCCACCGCCACUUCUACCCUUGGAUCAUGAGGCACGCCGCGUUCCUCUACAACAGGUUCGCUGUGAACCCGCGUGGGGCAACCAGCUUUGAGCUCAUGAACGGCCGGGCCUUUCUCAACUUGUUCCUCUUGGCGAGCAGGUUCUCUAUUACCACCCGACCAAGCACCGAGGUGAUCUCCAAUGGUGUCGGGGAGUUUGGCUUGGUAUCCAUGAAAGGAACGGUGCCCACAUCAUUGGCACAAGCGACGGGGUGUUCGAAACCAGAUCCAUUCGAAGGCUGCCAGAGGAGCAGCAAUGGAGUGCCGAGAGCAUCCUCAGCAUGCGGGGCCUGCCGUGGUCUUACUUAG